AUGCAGCGCCCAUCGCCUAUGAAACCAGUCCUGAACAGGACCCAAGUGACAAUCCCGCCCUCAUCACACGUGAGCCACCCGGGCGCGCAGCAUCAGAUGAUUAGGACUCCGCACCCACAGCCAAUGCCCAUGAGCCACACAGGGUACCCAUCUCCGUCGCCGCCGAUGCAGAACAGAGGUCUCAACCGGGCACAACAACAAGAAGUACGCUACAGGUCGAGUCCAAAUCUUCCCAUUGCACAGCAACAACCCGCUUCAAAUUCUGUUGGACGAGUGCGUCAUUCAUCGGUUGAAGGAAUGCCCAAGGGGGCUGGACGAGGCGGCUCUGUACAGGGGCCACGUUUGGGCAUCGUUGCUGAGGAAGAGGUGGGCAGGGCUCCUCGAGGCCCGUCACCACAACGUCCUGCCAGCGCACAGCCACAGAAAGGGAACCAGGCUCCAACAGAGAGCCGUUUACAGUAUUUGGAAAGCGAAUUGGCAUCCUUUACUUCCAAGAUGACCGAGAUGAGGACUGCUGCUGAAGCCCUGCAAGAAGAGGUGCGUGUUGUCCGUCCCAGUCUGGAUGGAACCGGGAAGGCUCCCAGCAGCGCUGCAACAUCCAUUGGCCCACCGCACAAUGGUGGCAGUGAUGAAAUGGACUCAGAGGCCACUGGUACUUGGGUCCUUGAUGCUCUGAAGAAGGUGCUUGCAGAUCGGGAGCGACAUGGGACCGAGUUCGGAUCACCACCAAACAUUGGGACAUCGAACACAUCGAACACAUCGAACGCACCAGACGACUCGACGUUGCAGGAGUUGCGCGCUUUGCGUCAGGAAGUGAGGCUUGAAGCUGAAGCCCGGAAACAGCUCAGCUUGAAGAUGGAGGCCAUGUUCCUGGAUGAGAAGAAGAAGAGAGACGAGGUAAUUCGCCAGGCGGUGAUGCAACGCGAGGAGCAGGAUUCAAAGAUUGAGCAGCGCUGGCAAGGCCAACUGAAGGAGGAGUCUUCUUUGCGUCGAGCGGUGGAGAGUCACUUGGAAGCGCGACUGGUAGCCUUGCAACGAGAAGCACGCCUGGAAGCAGGCAAUGCCACAAGUCAGGCUCAGCAAGCAGUGGGUGAAUUCGUGCAAAUGAGAGAACGCUUGCAGCAGGAGAUGAAUGCCCAAAAACAGGAGAUUGGAAGGGCCAGUGCUGAUCUCUCCAGGUUGAUCGACGAAGUGCGCAAUCAUGGUGGGGCUCUGAAAGCAGACAUGGGAAUGCCUUCGGCUGAAAUCACGGAAAACUUGGUUCGCGCAGAAGUGCGACGACAGUUGGCUGAGAGGCCUGCAGAAACCGACAUGGCCACCAGCCUGGAAUUGCAAGCUCUCUCCACUCGCUUUGAGCGCUUGGAGCAAACUUUGGCCAACGAGGCUACGACGCGUCAGGAGGAAAGUUCCAAGUCCAUCUCCAUGUUGCAAGAGCUGACGAGUGAGCUGGGGAAGAGUCAGAUGCAGGCUCUGCGAGAGUUCGAAGAGACCUUCAAGACAAAGCUCAAUGCAGCUAUGUCGGAGGCUCAAGCGGCGCAGCAGACCUGUGUGGAAGAGCGGCAGCUUCGUCGACAGCAACUGGCCAAGGAGACUAAGGACCGAGAGGAGAUUUGUAUGGGGAUCCUGAGGACUAUGGAAGAAAGGAUCGUAUCGGAAUCCCAGAAACUUCAAAAGCUAUUGUCGGAUCAAAAGCUCAGCUUUGAACAACUACUCCGCGGACACGAUCGGGAGCUUCAAUCAACAAUGGAAAUGUCCGUCGCCAACUUCGUGGAGAAGCAUUCGCAGGACGUUGUCUCUACCCGUCAUGACCUGCUGGAGCUACGUGAAGAAUUGCAGGAGGCGGUACGAAGCAAACGCUUUGACCAACCUUCAGUAACUUCUCAGGGAGAAGUCCAACGUCUUGUGGACGGGCAGACCAAGCUAUGGGCAACGCUGGAUCAGGUGCGUCAAGACUUGAGCGAAGAGAUUCAACGAAAAGACUUAGCGACCCGCACAGGGCCUGCCACACUAUCAGGGCUGAGCAAUUUGGACAUCGAGGAGCUCCGCACUCAGAUUGCAGCGGAGCGUCUUGCUCGAGAGCAAGGGGACGACCGCUGCAUGGAGAACGCACGUGACCUGGUGAACGAGGAGGAGCGCAAGCGUGGUCGUGAACUUGUGGCUUUGGAAAGUCGCAUGUCCAGUGUGAAGGUACAAAUGCCUCAGAUGCAAGAGGAAACAACAAAGUCGACCUUUUUGGCCGGCACACGCGCGGCCACCACAUCUGCUUGCCCACAAGGAGUCGUCUCCAGUUCGAUCGUCCGCCCAGCAUCUAGUAAUAUGCUCCAGGCCCCACCAUGGCCAAAGCCGCCGAGCUUUUCUGCAUAG